AUGAAGAGAAAGGCGCCAAGUAAUCCAGUUAAUUUACCUCAGAAGCAGGCUAGUUUAGAAGAGGAUAAAGUUAAAGGUUUGUUUAAUAAGAAAAUCUGGGACCCAAAAUUUCAAAAUGAAUUGAAAAAUGAAAUUGCAGAGGCUAAACCUUAUAACUGGGGAACCAUUCGUGAUUUAGUGGAUGAUGAGUUAUUGCGUGCUGUUCGUAAAGAGAUUGAAACCGAAAUUCAUUUUACUAAGAAGGAAACUGAUAUUUACAAAGUUAAUCAGAGUGGUGAUUUGGCCAAUUUGGCUGGUCUUGAUUGGAAUGAUUUGUCGAGAUUGCCCAACUUGUAUAAGCUUCGUCAAAUCCUUUACUCCGAAGUUUACAGAGAUGUCAUAGCACAUGUGACUGGUUCGGGCAAGUUAUCGGGUCAAAAGGCUGAUAUGAGUAUUAAUACUUACACAAAAGGUUGUCACUUGUUGACUCACGAUGAUGUUAUUGGUUCCAGGCGUAUUAGUUUUAUCCUGUAUCUUCCUGAUCCGGAUAGAACAUGGAAAUCUCAUUACGGUGGUGGAUUAAGACUGUUCGAUAGUAUUAUUCCUAAUGUUCCAUACUCCGAUCCUUGUGCUAAAUUGGUUCCUCAAUUCAAUCAGAUCGCUUUCUUUAAAGUGCAACCUGGUUUCUCAUUUCAUGAUGUUGAGGAAGUUAAGGUUGAUAAGCACAGAUUAUCCAUUCAAGGUUGGUACCAUAUUCCCCAGAAGGGUGAGGAUGGUUUUAUACCAGGUGAAGAAGAAGCUUGGGUCCAGACCAACACUUCCACGCUCGCUCAAUUAGAAUCGAAUGUUCUGCAGGACUACGAGUUUCCAAAGUUUGAGAGAGAUAUCUUGCCUUACCAUCAAGUUAAACAUUUUGAGAAAGUGCUAGAUGCCAAUGAAGCGGAACGACAUGAUGACAAGGACAAAGAAGUGACUCCCGUGAGUGCCUUCUCCGACGAACAUCAGUUGUCGAAACAUGAAAUGGAAUACUUGACGCAGUAUAUUUCUCACGAGUACUUGAGUAAUGAGGGUAUCGUCAAGUUGCAAAACAAAUUCUUAGAAGAUUCAGCUUUACAGAUCGAAUCUUUCUUAAACGAUUCGAAAUCAGAAUUAAUGAAGAAGUUGAUUAAGGGGAAUGAAUUGGAAAAGGAUUGUCCUUACGCCGCUAAGGAUGUCAAGUCUCCAUGGAAGACCGCUGUUCCACCACACAAAUGGAGAUAUCUAUACAUUGAUGGUAAGUCUCAUGAAAAUUUCCAGAAUGAAGCUGACAUUCUAGCUAACUUGAAUCGUGAGGAACUGCAAAAUUUCGAACUGCUGAAGCAGACCUUGAAUAAGAAAGAAAAUGAGGCCGAAACAGAGUUGAUCGAUUUGGUUGAAUUUUUCAAGAGCACGAUCUUCAAGAAAUACUUAGCUCUAUUGACCUCAUUGUGCCCAUUGAGUGAGCAAGUUUUGAUUAGAAGGUUCAGACCAGGUGAGGAUUUCACAUUGGCUACUAAAUGCCAGCUAAACGAACUUUUGAAGAAUGUUGAUGGUUUUGUCGAUUCCGUGCUGGAAGGAACUUUAUGUCUAACGCCUUUUGAUGGAUGGGAAUCCGGUGAAGUUGGUGGCUACGAACUAUACAUGGCUGAUAAUGACGAUGAAGGCGACGAGGAAAGCAAGACUCAACUUGACAGAGACGUUGAAGAUGCUGCAGUCUACAGAGCCGAUGAUAGUGGUGACUCUGUGUUGAUUAAUUCAUCUGCUAGCUGGAAUACAUUUAACUUGGUCCUCAGAGAUGAAACUGUGUUGGAAUUUGUCAAAUACGUUAGUUGGAGCGCGAAAUCAAGUAGGUGGGAUAUCAAAAUGCAAUGGGAUGUCAAGUCAACGGAAGCCGACGAGUGA